AUGUCCGAACAAUCAAAUGUCGUCGUUGACCGUUUGACCGAGCAGCUGCGCGCAAGCACCGUGCAGGAUGGAGCUUCCUCAGACGACUGGAAGUCGAAGCUGAACCUCCCUGCAAGGGACAACCGACACCAGACAGAGGAUGUGACCAACACCAAAGGCCUCGAAUUCGAGGACUUCAAGCUUUCGCGCGACUUGAUGAUGGGCAUUUUCGAAGCAGGUUUCGACAAGCCAUCGCCCAUCCAAGAAGAGAGCAUCCCCGUCGCCCUGCAAGGCCGCGACAUAUUAGCACGAGCAAAGAACGGAACAGGAAAGACCGCUGCCUUCAUCAUCCCAUGCCUCCAGAGAGUCAAGCCCCAAGUCUCCCGCAUCCAAUGCCUCAUCCUCGUCCCCACCCGAGAGCUCGCCCUGCAGACAUCACAUGUGUGCAAAACCCUCGGCAAGCACCUCAACAUCAACGUCAUGGUCACAACCGGCGGCACCGGCUUGCGUGACGACAUCCUCCGUCUCAGCGAACCCGUCCACGUCCUCGUCGGCACCCCCGGCCGAGUAGCAGAUCUUGCACGUCAGAACGUUGCCGACUUGAGCGAGUGCCCAAUGCUCGUUAUGGACGAAGCAGACAAGUUGCUCUCGGUCGAGUUCCUGCAGUCUAUUGAGGAGAUCCUCGGACGUCACCCCAAGGACCGCCAGCUCAUGCUCUUCUCCGCCACCUUCCCCAUCUCCGUCAAGGACUUCUCCGACAAGCACAUGACCACCCCUUACGAGAUCAACCUCAUGGACGAACUCACACUCCGCGGCAUCACUCAAUACUACGCUUUCAUAGAGGAGAAGCAGAAGGUGCACUGCCUGAACACGCUCUUCUCUAAGCUGCAGAUCAACCAGUCCAUCAUCUUCUGCAACUCGACCAACCGUGUCGAGCUGCUCGCCAAGAAGAUCACCGAGCUCGGUUACUCCUGCUUCUACAGUCACGCCAAGAUGCCUCAAGCUGCCCGAAACCGCGUCUUCCACGACUUCCGCAACGGAGUCUGCCGCAAUCUCGUGUGCUCCGAUCUGCUCACCCGCGGAAUCGACAUCCAGGCCGUCAACGUUGUCAUCAACUUCGAUUUCCCAAAGAACGCCGAGACGUAUCUUCAUCGUAUUGGUCGUUCUGGCCGGUAUGGCCAUCUUGGUCUGGCUAUCAACCUGAUCAACUGGGAGGACCGCUUCAACCUUUAUAACAUUGAGCAAGACCUGGGUAUUGACAUCCAACCCAUCCCCUCGACAAUCGACAAGAGUCUUUACGUCUACGAUAACCCCGAGUCCAUCCCCCGUCCUAUGAAGCCCGCCCAGCAGCAGCUGUCUCAGGCACAGCCCUCAUCUUACCAACCCCAACCCCUCCAGCCACAAUCGCAGCCCCAGGCCCAGCCGCAAAGCCAGGCGCCCGGCCAGAAUGACUACCGCCAUAAUGGCCAGCACCGCCAGUACCAAGGAAACCGCCAAGGAGGUCCUCGGGGCGGUGGUUCAGGUGGUCGAGGUCGUGGCGGCUAUCAAGGCCAGGGUCGGGGAUUCCAAAAUUACGGCGGCCAGCGAGGCGGCCGUGGUCAAGGGCCCCCAGCACCUGCACCACAGGCAUAA